CCAGGACAUGUAUGAGGGCAGCAGAACAGUGCUGAGAUGUGCCGUAGGUGUGUCAGAAGAAUUCAAGGUGGAGGUGGGACUGCAUCAGGGAUCAGCUCUGAGCCCCCUCCUGUUUGCGAUCUGCAGUAAAAGCAGGGAGCAGGCGCUGGAACAAUUAGAAAGAUGGAGGUACGGACUGGAAAGGAAUGAAGAUUAGCCAAAGUAAAACAGAAUAUAAGUGCAUGAAUGAGAGGGGCGGUGGGGAAAGAGUGAAGCUCUAGGGAGAAGAGAUAGCGAGGGUGGAUGACUUCAAAUACUUGGGGUCAACAAUACAAAGUAAUGGAGAGUGUGGUAAGGAAAUGAAGAAACGGGUCCAAGUGGGGUGGAACAGUUGGUGGAAGGUGUCUGGUGUGUUAUGUGACAGAAGAGUCUCUGCUAGGAUGAAGGGCAAAGUCUAUAAAACAGUGAUGUCUGUUUUCGAUAUGUGGCACUGAAGAAACAACAGGAAGCACAACUUGAGGUAGCAGAAAUGAAGAUGUUGAGGUUGUCGCGCGGAGUGAGCAGGUUGGAUAGGAUUAGAAAUGAGCUCAUUCGAGGGACAGCCAAAGUUGGAUGUUUUGGAGACAAGAUUCGAGAGAGCAGACUUCGAUGGUUUGGACAUGUCCAGAGGCGAAAGAGUGAGUAUAUUGGUAGAAGGGUGCUGAGGAUGGAGCUGCCAGGUAAAAGAGAGAGCGGAAGACCAAAGAACAGGUUGAUGGAUGUGGUGAGGGAGGACAUGAAGACUGAAUGUUAGUGAGGAAGAUGCACGAGAUAGGCUUAGAUGGAAAAAGAUGACAUGCUGUGGUGACCGCUAAUCGGGACAAGUGGAAAGGAAAAGAGGAAGAAGUUAUUGAUUGGACCAGCAGAAUGUGAGUGUCUCAACAAUGGCACAAGGCAGAAAAUAGUAAAUAUGCUGAUUAGGAAUCUAAUGACUUAAUCCAGAGGUAAAAAAAAAAAAAACCAAAAAAAAAACCACAUGCCUGCUCAUUUUGACUUGCAUUGAUUGGUAGUGCAUUCCCGACGGAAGGAGCUGGACGAGCUGGUGGCCAGGAUGUGGAGGAUCCGAAAGAAUUUUGCCUGAUCUGGACCUAGUUCGCGUUGCGUGUAACUCCUCAAUCGUGGAUAGAGUGGUGCCGAUAAUCCGUUCAGCUAUUUUGAUUGUUCGUUGCAGUCGGAGUACAUCCUUUGUUGUUUUUUUUGAGGAUGGAGUUGAUGUUCGUCUCCCACCUCAGGUCCUUUGAGACUGUAAUUUCCAAGAAGGGAGGCCGCGAGCCCAGCUUCGAUGUCCGGGGAGGCCGUUAGCAGCGUUUCGACGGCGGCGGAGGCCUUUAACCGAGCUUCGAGGAGGCCGUUAGCUGAGCUUCGGUGGCAGCGGAGGCCUUUAGCCGCGCUUUGGCGGCGGCGGAGACCUUUCGCCAAGCUUCGGUGGCGGCGGAGGCCUUUAGCCUAGCUUCGGCGUCCGAGGCUAACUGCCGCCAACGCCUGGAAGCUCGGCUCGCGGCCUGCCGCUGGAGCUCGUUUGUCAUGCUCCCCAUCAUUCUUGUCCGAAGAACCAUCCGCGGCUGCCGGCCCGGAGCUCCCAGACCACCAGUGGUGGUCUUGUGUGGCGUGAACUUGCCAUAUUUCGCUUACAGUUAUUUGGGGAUUUGUGUAUUCUGUUGUGUUUACAGCAUUUUUGUUUUACAAUUGUUUUUUUUGUGAUUGCAGCAUUUUUAUGUUACAUUUUAUUUUUUCUGAGAUUACAACAGUUUUAUUUUGCAGUAUUUUUUACAGUAGUCUUUUUUUGUGUGUGUGUGUGCGAUUGGUGUUGCGUUAUCUUGCAGCAUUGUAUGGGUUCUUUUCACUGAUGUCACAUUUUUGGCUGAAUUACCCAAUACACCACUGCCCGCUACCAUUUAACCUCUCUACCAAACGCCUAUUAGUGUUGUAGCCUCCCGAAUGCUCUCCGUUACUGUUUGUGUUUUUAUGUUUCACGGGCGUCUCGGGACUCAAGUACACAAGAGAGGACUUGCUAUCCAUCAGAGAGCCUUCUUCUGACUUUUUUUUCGACAACUCUCACCAGUUCGCUGAAGCUUUUUGCAGAGUUGCUAAUUGGCGUGCUCUUCAAAGCCUUGCGACGAAGCUGCUCGCAUUUGGGAUACAAGUCCGCCUUCGAAAGCGGGGACAUCGUCUAACGCUUCCGACAAGACUUUGGACGUUCUGUGGCUCUGUGCUUCACGGAGACUUGGCUUUGUGGACGAGUGCCCGACACUGCUAUCAUGCUGCCCGGCUUCAAUCUCCAUUGUGCUGAUCGUGCCGCCGAGUUAAUAAGCUUAAUUGAUACUUUUCAGAAGGCCAACAUUACAGGGUUGACAGCUUUCUUAAGGCAGACUUUCAUCUCCAGCUCACAUAUGGAUGACAGCUUGAGAGCUAUACCUCCCAAUCAGAGAACAGCUGUUCUGACUCAUCAGUGGGAUCUUCUGCAGACAGACACGGAGCGCUUGGCCCAGGAGGCAGUCUGCAAACAGCAGCAACAAAUGCAUACUGGUGAAUACGUACUGCCUAGUGGAAAGCUGGAUCCCAGUUUACAGAGAAGAAAUUCUGAGGUUGCAGAUGCAAAUAAUGAUCCAAGUGAAGAUGACAUGGCUUUUGAUAGCAUUCAAGUGGCAGCACAUUCUAAAAGAGCGACCGAAACUGGAAGUGACACUCACAAAAGCAAACUGGAUUCCUCUGAUGUCUACUCGGAAUUGCCCGAUGACCCAAACUGCAACAUCAACAAAAAGGGAGCUGCCAUCACAGGGAAUUUAAAUCGCUCAGUACUGGAAUGUCACCACUUUCCUAGGCAAACAUCUGGGCAAUCGCAGAAGCCAUUCAUAAGAGGAUAUAGAUACAUAGCUGACACAAGUUCAACACUUCUAAUGAUUCCUACUUUUGCGGGCAGUGAUUGUGAUCAGCCAUUCCACCUACACCCCCAAGAUGACCAGGUUAGCUCAAUAACAGCCCAACUCUGGCACAGCAGUACUUUGUGUCGUUGCUCACCGAAAUUCAAUUCUUCUCGUGGUUGUUGUGGUAGAACUACCCAUGAGCAGUCCAAAGACCAGGUACAAAAUAGCUGUGACAAUUUGGAUACAAAUAUCAAAAGAUCUCUUGAGCUGCCAGAGCACAUGGAGGAAAAGCAUACUAUGUACUUCAAAGAACAUCAGACCUGCUAUCAGAAGGAACUGCAACACAUACCUGGAGGAUCAUUUCAUAUCUCACCUACAACAGCGAGUUCUCAGACUCUUGGAAAGAAAAAGCCACAAACCCAGACAGAAGACCUUGUAGAACGUAAUAAAAUAACACUGGGCCGCAUCACAUCUGAUCAAGGAUCCUAUGUGAAUAUGCAUGCACUUCACCAGAAGAAGCAUCAGACUGUGAAAAAGGAUUGGGGGUUGCCGCCACAAGAGGCACCGACACCGGCCACACCUCCAAUUGGCUGCUUCUGGAACAGAGGCAUGGAACAUGGCCCACUCAGACUCAAUGUUCCCCACCUCUCCCAGGAAGCGGCUGAUGUUCUUCCAGAGGUAACCACUGCAGAGUGUCCAAAAGAGAGUUCAGAUCCAGAACUAUGGUUAACACAACAAUUGAAGGUCACCCACAUCACAGAAGGAAGUAAACAGGGGAAUAUUGAACCUUACUACAGCAGCAUGGAGAAAAGCCUAGAAUUGGAUAGCACAACUGCAUUAAAAUGUGUCUUAUCCAUUGAGGAGGGGGAACACAAGUGGUGUCCAAAUGAAGAUUGCAUUAAGCAAAAUCUCGAAAACAUCGCCACGAUACCUUCAAGUACUUCACACAAAGCCAGAGUCUAUACAAAGCUGCCACCUAUUAUGCGAAAGGAGUGCUGUGGUUUGAAGACAAUCAAUUCCCACCAUAGAAACAGCCCUGCUGAUUUCUUGGAACAGAUGGAAGACAAAUUGAAGACAAGAACCAAUUACAAGACAUACAGCCUUAAAGAAUACAAGGAGUUGAAGUUAGAUGUGAAGCUGCAAGGUCUGGGUCCUGACUACACCGCAGUUAAGAAGCUAGCUGAGAAGAUGACCCAACAGAAGCUGUAUUCAAAUGGAGUUCGUGAGAGAAACAGAAACAUUAGUAAGAUACCCUUCCUGUUGGCCAAGGAACCAUUAGGCAAAGAGAGAAAAGUUGCAAGGAUUAAGGCUUUAGAGUAUGCCAAGACCAUUGCCAAGCCUCUCAUUCAACCCCCUCAUUCAAAGUCAAGUAAAAAACAACAGACAGGAGGUGCCAUUGGACACACUUCUUGUUUAGAGGACUGGAAUAUUUCCCAGCUGGCCCCAGUCGAUCUUCUUAUGAAACGUCACGAAGAAGAAAAGGAUGCUCUCUUCAGAAAGAUGCAUGUUAUUUGAGGACAUUUUAAAACCUUCCAUUCGAAGUGUGGCUUCAUAAAUAAACACUUGUUGAAGAGAUUACAUGUAUUUCUUGAUUGUUAUUAGCUAAAUUCUCAAUUGUGUGGUUGUUUCGUGUGAUUUGUGUGGUGAGUGGCUGCGUCAGGUUACAGUCAACCAGUCGCUUAAGAAUGCCACCCUUGGAAUUUCAGCCCAAGAAUAAUUUUUUUCAAGAAUCUUGAAAGCAGUAAUCCAAUGACCAUUUGGUAGCAGAUCCACACCAACCCCCCACCACAUCCAUCCCUUCAUCCAUUUUUUAAGCCGCUUUUCCUCACGAGGGUCGCAGAGUACUGAAGCCAAUCCCAACCAUCAUCGGACAGUGGGCAGGGUACACCCUGAACUGGUUCCCAGCCAAUUGCAGGGCACAUGGAUACACACAACAGUUUUUGGGGUGUGGGAGGAAACUGGAGUGCCCGGAGAGAACCCACACAACCACAGGGAGAACAUACAAACUCCACACAGCUAGGGCGGGAUUUGAAUCCCAGUCCUCAGAACUGUGAGGGAGGCCAACGGUCUACAGUUGCGCCACCGUAACGCCCCCCACGCAAAACAAACCAAGAAAUGUUAAUUUUUUUUUUUUAGCUUCCAAUCUGGACGGUUGAUCAGCCCCCCCCCCCCCUUUUCUUUUUUAAUCCAAAAUAAUUUCAUUAGUGGCAUCACCGAAACAUUUCCAGAGUAAGCUUUUCCACACUUUUUCCAUGAAGGCGGAAACUGGGCACAACAAUUGCAAACAGCACAUCAAAUACAAACACCACAACACAGGGAUGGAGAACAGAAAAGCCAAAGACACAACAAAAUCAGUCAAAAAUGGAAAUGCAAAAGCAACAGCACAACACAUUAGCACCACAACAUUAACACAAAACAAAUGCUGAUGUCACAAUGCUUUAUGUACAACAGGCAGGACCACCCCGCCCUUGAUUUAUAUUUCAUCCUUUGACACCCCCCACUUUCCCUUAGAGGCCCCAUAGCUCAGUGCUUAGACCAUUGGUUUGGUAUACCA